CGUACUUUUCCUGAGUAUUUCAAGGUAAGCCCAUCCACAGUAUUGUUUGGGUAAUUUGUGAAAGGAAAGUGUGGACAGUGAUCUGAUACAUAUAACCUUGCAGUCAAAUAACCAGUAUUUCUUCUUAAAACCUAUCCGACCCGACAUGUUGGGACAUGACAGCUUCCCGAGACAAAUUCUACACUUUGGAUAAGUGCAAAUAUAACAAUUUCGACCGUUUUUUGUAGAAAAAAUGUCUUCGAUAUUUUGUCUUUGUUCUAGAGCUACCAAGGACGGUAGUUGACGAUAGAAGCGAGUGAUAAUAAUUAGGAACUGUUCAUUUCAUUGGAAUAUGAUCAAGGUUCACAAAUGCCUAACAUUUUGACCUUCUUUCAAGAGCAAAUAGCGCUUUAGAAUUCUUUACAUUUAUACAAUAGCUCUAUCUAACAUAAAUUUUAUUAUAUGGUAUGGGAAUAUUAAUCAUUUUGUUCCAUAUUUGUGGAAAUACACAAGGUUCCUUUAAUAUAACGAGGUUUUGUUCAGUCAAAACUUGCGUGACAGCCAAUCUCAUGUCCCGCGUCUUGAGCAAUGGCCCAAGCUGGGGGAGGCCGUACUUUCAGAGAAUCCUAAGAGUAUUUCUUUGAAAGCAGGCCUGCUUUGGAAGGCAGCAAAGUGAUAUUGCGUAGUCCUCUAAUCAUGGCACUAAAAAAUAAGAAGAUAAUAUGGUCCAAAACGUUUGUGUAAAUGAAUGCGUUAUCUCUACGUUUCUGUAAAUGGAAAGACAUCUAGUCUCGACGUUAUCUGUCGCUUGUCUUGUAACUCAUCCGAUGUCUUCGUAAACUUACCGCAGGAAAAUGAGCCUUAGUACAUGUGAAGUGGAUCUUUCCUCCCAGAUCGACUUUGUGGAUGCAGUUCUGAAUGAACUCCAGUUUCUGAGGGUUGUAGACCAUUAUCCAAACCUAUUUGAAGGUUCACUUUUCAAAAACGCUAUAAGAAGGUAUGAGAUGUUAUGGCUACCCCUGUUCAAGAGCGCCAACGUCAAUGGAAGAGAACUCCAGGCUCCAUUAGAUGUAGAAUGGGUGUGGCAAACGCACAUUUUGAAUGGGGAUGUUUAUGAAGAGGACUGCAGAAACAUUGUUUCCAGAGAAGUCGAUCAUCGAAUAAGCACCGAAUUUGAGAGAGAAGAAGCCCUAUUUAGAGCACGCACACUUUGGGAGAAAGCUUACCCUACAGAACCUUUCGAGGUGGAUCUAGAACAGCUUCCCAGCUCCGUUCCAAAGUACAUUUGCAACCUCCAGUGCGAUUUACAAGAGGCUUGUUGUCGUCUACGAAACCUAUACCACAACACCUCUCUUCCUCAUUAUAGAGACUCAUUCUUUCUCAUGUCCUCCUUGCGACGUUACAAGCAGCAUUUGAUCCUGACGAAGGAGAAUCCGGACAGUAAUUUGGUGCCAUGUUGUGAUGUUGAUCUCAUCUGGAAAACGCACCUUCUUCACCCUUCAAUAUAUAAAGCAGACACGAGGAAAUUCCUUGGAUAUGUCCUUAAACAUCCCCAAACAAAAAUUGGUGCUUUAGAAAUUUCCAAACACCUGUCGCUUGAAAGUGACACUGAAGCAACAUGGAACAAGUACGACAUGGCUUUUAAAAGACCUGGAGCCAUCUUUCGCGGUGAGUGUCCCCCGCCUCUUCUAUUUCAAACCAAGGCAAUUCUUCAUAAUUUGGCAGUGUUUGAGUUUGCAAUGGAACUUUCGAAGUUUGAGAUAGAAAACUUUGAAAAUGACAAAAAAUUUUCCUUCGCGCUUCAGCUUGAUAAUGAAACAGCUAUUUGGAAAAAGAAGUUAAAAGGCGGCAGUCACAUCCUUGAGGGAGAUCACCAACCACUUGCUCAAUUUUUCGUUAAUACGGAUGAUAAAACCAGCAUCACUCUUUCCUUCCAUCAAAAGAAGUUGUUUUCCAAGACUCCAAAGCUGUGCCAUACUGUGGACUUAGCUGACUGUUUACAAACUGCCAUCAGAAUGGAGUCAGAAGAGAACAUAUUCCGAAUACCCAUCCCACUGUUUGGUCCUGCUAAUAGAAAAGCAUACAUUACCAUUAAGACAUGUGGCUUACCCAAACCACUGAGUUACAGAUUUACUCUUAGUCCAGAACCAGAGUCUGCGAAAUUUUUGCAUCCUGCAGAUGUAGUUUCAACUCCCAGAACGGUACUUAGGCGUGAAAUACUCACGAAACAGAGGGUGCCUUGCGAACUAUCAGUUUAUCGAGUGUACAGCUAUAGUGGAAAUGGUGCAUUCACAUGCCGUGUUUUGAACGCCGAGCAAGCCGGAGUCAUGGUAUUAGAAGUCGUUGAUGGUGAUGGAAAUACCGUUGCCUCAGCUCAAAUGAUCGAUAACAAUGUAUUUCCUAGCUCUUUGGAACCAUUAGAAGACCCAUCCAAAUGUAUCACCAGGAGCAUGUCGGACAGCGAGACAGCCCUGUUAAUUAGAGGACAAGUGGACUGGGCAGUCUGCAUGGGAACGAGGCAAGCCAACGAACAGUCCCUGGAUGAAGAGCGAAACAUUGUCCAGAUCAAAUUUUUCAGACUUGGAAAUAAGCAAGGCUGGUGUGAAGUGCGAAAGACGGAGCAUUUGCUAUUAAUCCAAGUUAAUCGAAACGAAGAAAUUUUCAUGGCUGUGAAUCCAGAUGAGGGACUAAUAAUUUUGCCAAUAAACUUGGAGGAUGUUACGGAAUGUGUUGCUACUGCUGUUGGUGUGAUGUUGUUACCUUCAUUGUGCUACAUUGCAAAACCACAGGAUAACCAGCCCGGCGAUGCAGAUAUUACCAGCGUGGUUCUCCGCUGUCCAAGUCUGUCUCGUUUCAGCUCGUCUUGUGCCACAAAUUUAAAGCUACCGUAACCUUAGUUGAAUAUUAUUGGAAUAUUUACCGCGAAAUAACGCUGAAGCUACACAAUAAUCAAGGAAACUUACACAGUUGACUCCUGCAAAAAUUUUAUUUUCUUUGUAAUCUUAUCCUUGGAAUGGUAAUGAGGUUUAUGGUUACCUUUUCUAGUAGUUUAUUACGGGAACAGCGUACAAAACUCUUCUUUCCUUUACAUUACAGUUUUUAUUCACUUUUCUUCAAAAUUCGAAAAUUCUAACAGCCUAAGGCAUUCAUAACAUCAAACCUGUUCACGAAAACGAUUGCAAACCCUUGUGAAGACCAAGAUUACAAAGUAAAAAAAGUUAAGUUCAGAUGAAAACAAUUUCUAGGGCUAAUAAUCGGUACGAUAAGAGUUAAUUUUCCCAGAGCCUAUUUUAUAAUGAAUCAGUCAAAACAAUUUACUGGCCUAAGUUUAGCUCACUUUAUUUUUCACAAUUCAUUUAUUUCUAAAGAAACAUACCAGAUGUUUUUUACAAGACCAGCUUGUUAAUAUUCAUUCAAUUCUAAUAACUGUUUUAUAACGCAUAUUAUCAGUUCAUGGUCACUUUUAAUUCAAGGUGUAAUAGUUCCUUUAUUAACUGGCACAUUGGCAUGCAAUUGUUAGAGGGGGACACUUGGUAAUGAAACUGGCUUCCCAGAAGCCCAUUACUGGUUCACACUUUGGUCGAAAGUGCUUAGGGAUCACGUGGUUACACGCCGGAUGUAUUGAACGACAAAUGACCUCCGCCACCAUUUUGUUUCUACAUUUAUCAAACUUAGUCACUCUUUUUGAAACGCAGCCAUGGGCAUUUCUAGCCGUACGGUUAUGUGCAAUUCUGUACUUCACCAAUUCGUCGAUCUCAUCACCCCAGACGUGAUCAUCGAUGAUGCGCUCCUGGGGUUCAAGGACAUCAUUUUGCGACAAAAACAAUUGAUGUUGGAAUGGCUGUUCGUCUUCCUCUUUAUUAAAGACAGGUUUGGGAGAAGCCAAGGCGAGGGAGCCCAAUAUUAUGGCCAUGGGUAAGAGUAUCUGAACAUUAAAUGCAAUACGUAACCAUAAUUAAACUGGUGGCUUUUAAAAAUCACAUCACUAUCAAAAAUUUCGGAGAGAAGCCAAACUGUUUCAUGGUUUAAAUGAAAUUCGGCCUCUUCAAAAUAUUUUAUCCUAAUUUUUCAAUCAAAAAGAAGAAAAUCAUGGGUCGUUCAUUUACACGAGGACUAACCCAAACAGCGGUUUUACGGAAGUAGUGAGCCUUCUUAUCCUCUAUAAGAGGGUUGUUUUCAUUAAUGUCCUUGUCCUGCUAGCUUUCGGUCCUCUUGACAUUGAUCGCAACAAUAAAUGUUCAGAUGAAAGACUCAGCUAAAUUCAAGUUAGUUUAGAACGCGGUUUUGUCACGAAACGGCUAAACUUUGUUUAAAUGACUGACCCUUUAGGUCUAAGAGUAAGCUUUUAAAACUUUAUGUUUUUAAACCAUGAUUGUAUUUCCUUACUUCUCUAACAACAGCCAUUGUAGUUUCCACUCGAAGAUCUAACUUGUUUUCCGCUUGUCUUCUGUAAUGUGUUUUCUUUAGAGUCCUGAUUAUCCAGAAAUAAUUACAAACCCA